AUGGACACUGGGAACUGGAGCCAGGUAACAGAGUUCAUUAUCUUAGGCUUCCCUCAUCUCCAGGGUGUCCAGAUUUACCUCUUUAUCUUACUGCUUCUAAUUUACCUCACCACUAUUCUGGGAAACUUGCUGAUAUUCCUGGUGGUCUGCAUGGACUCCCGGCUCCACACACCCAUGUACAACUUUGUCAGCAUUCUCUCCUUCUUGGAGCUUGGCUACACAGCUGCCACAAUCCCUAAGAUGCUGGCCAACUUGCUCAGUGAGAAGAGGACUAUUUCUUUCUCUGGCUGCCUCCUGCAGAUCUAUUUCUUCCACUCUCUGGGAGCUACUGAGUGCUACCUCCUCACAGCCAUGGCUUAUGACAGGUACUUAGCCAUCUGUCAGCCCCUCCACUACCCUACCCUCAUGACUCCAGGACUCUGUGCCAAGAUUGCUGUUGGCUGUUGGUUGGGAGGCUUGGCUGGGCCGGUGGCCGAAAUUUCCUUGGUUUCUCGCCUCCCUUUCUGUGGUCCCAAUCGCAUUCAGCACAUCUUUUGUGAUUUUCCUCCUGUGCUAAGCUUGGCAUGUACUGACACCUCUAUCAAUGUCUUAGUGGAUUUUAUUAUUAACUCUUGCAAGAUCUUGGCCACUUUCCUGCUGAUCCUCACCUCCUAUGUGCAGAUCAUCCUCACAGUGUUCAGGAUUCCCUCUGCUGCAGGCAAGAGGAAAGCCUUCUCUACGUGUGCCUCCCACCUCACCGUGGUCCUCAUCUUCUAUGGAAGCAUACUCUUCAUGUAUGUACGGCUGAAGAAGAGCUACUCACUGGAUUAUGACCGGGCCCUGGCAGUUGUUUACUCAGUGCUCACACCUUUUCUCAACCCAUUCAUUUACAGCUUGCGUAACAAAGAGAUCAAAGAUGCUGUAAGGAGGCAGCUAAAGAGAGCAAAGAUUCUGGGGUGA